UUUUGGGGUGAGUUUGAGUGGUUUGGGGUGAAUGGGGCCGGUUUUGGGGUGAGUUUGAGUGGUUUGGGGUGAAUGGGGCCGGUUUUGGGGUGAGUUUGAGCGGUUUGGGGUGAAUGGGCCGGUUUUGGGGUGAAUUUGAGCGGUUUGGGGGUGCUGCCCCAGGGGGGUGGCGGUCGCGGGUGGAACCGUCCAGUCUGUGCUCCCGGUUCCUCCGCCCGCUGGUCCCAGUUCCAGCUCCCAGUGCCCCCAGCUCACCCUAAAUCUCCCCCCAACCCCCCCCUGUUCACUGUGACCCCCCCCCCCCCCGCCUCCCCGUUCACUGUGACCCAUCCCAGCUCCUGCCCCCCCAAUUCACUGUGACCCCUCCCGGUCCCCCCCCAGUUCUCCCCCCAGUUCCUCCCGACCCGCCCACUCGCGGCAGGGCGGGGGAGUCUCUUGCCCCCUCCCCCCCCCCCGCCAGUGGUCCGUUCCGCGCGCGGUGCACGCCGGGAGGCGCAGUCCCGCCCUGGCCGUUGCGCUCCGCGCACGCGCGCGGCCGCUCCCCGCCCACCCCCCGCGGCGGGCUCCGCCUCCGGCGCGCGUGGCGCUCACGUGGUGCGCGCGGCCGGCGGGGGUCAGAGCGCGCGAGCGCCAGAGCGCGCGGGAGCGGCGGCUCCACGCGGACCCGGGACCACCCGGGAUCCACCCGGGACACCCGGAACCCUCCGGGACACCUCGGGAUCCCACCCGGAACCCUCCGGGACACGCCGGGAUCCCACCCGGGGCACCCUGGGACCCCCCGGUAUCCCACUCGGACCCACCCGGGGACACCCGCGAAUCCACCCGGAACCACCUGGAACCUCCCGGGAUCCCACCCGGACCCACCCGGGACACCCCGGAACCCCCGGGAUGCCACCCGGGCGCCCCCGCAGGGACCGGGCUCUGCGCCCCCCCCGCCGGACCGGGACCCCCGCCCCGCCCCCCCCCCCGCCCCCCGUGAGCAGCUCGUGAGCGGCUGGGGCGCAGCUGGAGCGGGUGACAAGGAUGACGACACCGGCAGCGACCGGGACGUCCCGGCCGCGGGUCCACAAGUGGCGCUCGGUGACGGUGACGGUGACACACGAGGAGCCCAACGGGGACGCGCUGCCCGAGCGGAACCUCGCAGCGCCCGAGGCCGCGGAUCCAGCCGCAUGAGCUGAAGGACGCAUUCGCGGGGGGAGGGGACGGGGGGACCCCCCUGGGACGGAUGGACGGACCCGGAUGGACACACCGCCCCCCCGGGAUGGACGGACAGACGGACCCGGAUGGACAGACGGACCCGGAUGGACACACCGACCCCCCCCUCCCUGAGCCCCUGGGGGGGAAUUGGCGCUAAAAGCGUCAAAAAUGGGGGUUGGGAGGGCGGGGCCGUGACCCCCCCCUCCCGCCCCCUCCCCCGCUCCCGCCCCUCCCCCCGCCUCCCGCCCUCCCCCACCUCCCGCCCCUCCCCCGCACGAGCGACCUGUGCUGGUGCCCACCGCCCCCCCCUCCCCGUUCUUGCGUGGCAAACAGAGACCGUUAUUGAUCAUUAUUGUCAUUGACCAUUAUUUACUGUCAUUGGUUGUUAUUGACAUUGACCGUUAUUGACCAUCAUUGAUCAUUAUUGAGCGUCAUUGACCGUCAUUGAUCAUCAUUGACCGUUAUUGAUCAUUAUUGACCGUCAUUGACCAUCAUUGAUCAUUAUUGCGCAUCAUUGACCGUUAUUGAUCAUUAUUGACCGUCAUUGACCGCUAUUGAUCAUCAUUGACCGUCAUUGAUCAUCAUUGACCGUUAUUGAUCAUUAUUGACCGUCAUUGACCGUCAUUGAUCAUUAUUGCCCAUCAUUGACCGUAUUGAUCAUUAGUGACCGUCAUUGACCGUUACCGGUGUCGGUGCCGUUUGUUCGGGUUAUUUCGCGGGGGCGGGACGGCGUGGCCAAACGCGUCCCACCUCCGGCGCCGCUGGGUGACGUCACGGCAAGCCCCCAUUGGAGGCUGCGCGGGUCACGUGGGGGCGGCGCGCCGGAAGGGGAAGCGGCCGUGGCUGUGGCGACGGGACGCGCUCCGCCAUGGACGGGGCUCCCAGCGACCCCCCCGGGGACCCCCCCGAGGACCCCGCGGCCGCGGGUCCCCCCGCCGUGCCCGGUCCCGGUGCGGGGGGGGGCCCCGGGGGGGGGGCGCGGGGGCGGGGCCGGGUCCCGGUGCCGGUGCCGGUGCGGGGGGGUCCCCGCCGCGCGCCCCCCGCGCUGCUGUCGCUGCCGCUGGAGCUGCUGCUGCGCAUCCUGGCGUUCCUGGGCGCGCGGGAGCUGCGCGCGGUGCUGCCGCGGGUCUGCCGCGCGCUGCGGGACGCGGCGCGGGACCGCGCCGCAUGGCGGGCGCGCCUGCGCGAGCGCGCGGGGGGGCGCCUGCCCGUGCUGGACGGUGAGGGUUCGACGUGGCUGGGCGCGUGCGUGGAGCUGGAGGAGCUGCUGCAGCGCUGGGGGGGCGCGCGCGGGGCCCCCCCGAUGGAGCAUUUCUCGCUGGACGACGGGCACUUCGCCUCCGUGGACUCGGUGCUGCUGCUGCAGGGCGGCUCCCUCUGCGUCUCGGGCGCCCGCGACCGCAACGUGAACCUGUGGGACCUGCGGGAGCUGGGCCGCGCGCCGGGCCGGGCGCUGGUCAAGGCGCUGGGCACCGGGCGCACCGGCACGCACAGGGGCUGGGUGUGGUGCCUGGCGGCGCGGGAGCUGCUGUGCUCGGGCUCCUGGGACAGCACCGUCAAGCUCUGGGACCUGGGGGCCGAGGGGCAGCAGGUCGGGGAGAUCAGGGAGAAGGCGGCCGUGCUGUGUCUGUGCUACCAGCCCGACGUCAUCGUCACCGGCACCUACGACAAGACGGUGGCGCUGUACGACCCGCGAGCGGCGCAGUCCCUGGUGCGCAGCUACAAGCCGCACGGCAGCGCGGUGCUGGCGCUGGCGGCCGAGACGCGGCUCGUGGUGUCGGGCAGCGAGGACCGCACGCUCGUGGUGUUCGACCGACGCGCCGGCGGCGUCCUGCAGCGCCUGCAGCUGCAGAACUACCUGCUGUCCAUGUCGUACCGCGACGCGCAGCUCUGGGCCGGCGACAACCAGGGACGCGUCUACGUGUUCGGGAGCGGCGGCGGCGGCUUCCAGCCCGUACGGUACUUCGACGUGGGGCACCGCCUGCAGAUCACGGGGCUGUGGCGCUCGCUGGGCUCUCUCUACACGACGUCCACCGACCGCACGCUGCGGAUCCACGUCCCCACGGACCCCCCGCGCACCAUCUGCUCCUGGACCCACGACGACGUCCUCAACGGGAUCAGCGUGGAGGGCGACGUGGUGGCCGCCGCCUCCGGGGGCCUCUCGGUCGAGAUCUGGAGGCUCCGCACGUGACCCGGGGGGGUCCCCGCCGCCGGGGGGGGGUGUCCCCGCUCCCCCGGGGCUCCUGCCGGCUGCGGGGACCCCCCCCGCGCCCCCCGACGCGGAGGAGCUGCCGCCUGCUCACGGGUAUUAAAGGAUUUGACUGGA